AUGAAAGCAUUUUUGUUAGUUGUUCUUUUGACUUUUGCUGUUGCUUAAGAUGACCCCGUCGAUUUGUGCGUCAGAGAGAAAUGCCCAGAUGAAGUGGCUGCUUGUGAGAAGAAUGCCUUCUGUGCUAUUGCCGCAACUAAUUGUUCAAACAAAUGUUCUGCUGAUUACGAUUGCUUGAUUGAAUGUGCUAACAAAUCAGGAAAUAAAUUGCUUAUUGCAUUGAGUAAAUGCGGUGUGGCCAAUUGUUACCCAUCCUUCUAAUUCUCAUCAGGUUGUGAUGUUGCUUCUUGCGCUGCCGUCUUGAAAGAAGAGUGCCUUGAUCAAAACUCAUUGAGCAACUUCCAAUGUGCCUUUGGUUUCUUCGAAAGACAUCCUGAAUGCGAAUGCGUCUAAGAACUAGUCUGAAUAAUAUUAUUAUUCAAAUUAUAAAUAUAUUGCAAUAACCUAA